UGGAGACACUCGCACGAUUCGAGAAGGACGUGAAGCGAACCGACACCGGGUUCCUGGCGAUAGCAACAGAGGUGGAGAAUGACGGAGAGAAAGCCUCGGAACCUCCAGGAAACAUCAAGGAAUUAUUGAAAGCGUUCCAAGACAUUCUUCCUGACGAUCUUCAGAACGAGCUACCGCUAUACCGAACGCAUCAGCACGAGAUCGUGGAGGAACCGGGUUCGAAGCCGACCUUCCGAGCACCAUAUCGGCUCAGCCCUACAGAGCUGACCGACAUGAAAAAACAAAUUGAGUAUCUCCUAGCCAAAGGACUCAUCCGACCAUCCACUUCGCCGUACGGUGCCCCAGUACUCUUCACACCGAAACCGGACGGAAGCCUGCGCAUGUGCAUCGACUACCGAGCUCUUAACAAGCAGACCAUCAAGAAUAAAUAUCCGAUACCACGAAUCGAUGACCUACUUGACCAGCUUCGGGGAGCUACGGUAUUUUCCAAACUGGAUCUGCGGUCCGGAUACUGGCAAGUUUACCAGCAAGUCACUCCUGUUACCUUCCGCUUACGCCUGCCAGCUACCUGGAAGAUUCACAACGCCUUCCAUGUCGAGCUUCUGAAGCCCUAUCGGGAUCCGAACACGAUCUUCGUCGGACGCCAACCGCCGCCGCCGCCGCCCGUCCUCGUCCAGAAUGAACCCGAGUAUGAGGUCGAAUCCGUGCUUGCACACCGCCGACGUCGGAAUGGCGUCGUGGAACUUCUCAUCCGUUGGAAGGGUUAUGAUCCUUCUGAGGACAGCUGGGUACCUGAGUCCGACAUGGGUAACGCCCGUCGUCCUCUGCAUGACUACCUUCUGUGAGGCUGAGAUCUAUGCUGGUGCC